CUGGAUCCCCCCCAAUUUGGGGCACCGAAAGAACCUCACCUCAUCCUUCUUCAGUCAACACAACUCUCCUUUCUGCUCCUGCCCUCAUCCACCUCCUCCGUAGCUCUCAUUUUCGCAUUGUCUCCCUUUUCCAAUACACUGGACCCAAUUACGAUCUUCUUCUAUCGUACUUCGCUUACUCACGACGGAGGUGCAGUACGCGCUUCACGGUGCCGAUUUCUCUGCGGCCGCCCGUGACCUCGUCAAGGGCGCGCACAAGACAGACUACCACGUCGAAGACCCCAGUGAACUAGAAUCUACGGCUGUUCUUUUUUAUCCAUCAGUGCAUUGUGAUUCUAAGAACCAAACAUGGCUGAAGUUGAAAGCGCCGCCGCAGACGACUCGUUCGUACAAUCCGAACCUCAGGAUGAGCAGCAAACCCAUAACAUGACGGUUGGCACGCGACGCCAGGCGAAUGGGACAAUCGGCUCCGUUUAUUCGGGGAACAAGAUCAGACACCUCAAGAAGGAGGACGGUAUUCCGCUAUGGCGCAAGGACAUCCAGUACCAGUUUCUGAAACUUGUCUUCGAGGAUAAGACACCCGUCUUUACUCGUUGGCCCGACGGACAGAAGGGCCUGGACUUUGCGGAUGUCUACAUUGAUGCUAUGGCAAGGAGUAGCAAGACGAGUAAGAUCCUGAAGGAUAAACUUCAGAAUGACAAACAGGCAGCCAUCAGCAUGGCUAUGGUUUGUCUACUAGUCAACUUUGGACGAAUGAAUACCACACUCAACUUUUUCCCUGAAAUGCGUGCCCAAUUACGGACCUACCACUCCAUCCCUUCCUUACAGGCGCACCAGGACCCUAAUGCCUACAAACAAUUACAAGAUGCCCCUCGUCUGAAAUCCAUCCUCAAGGGGGCAUCGGAGGAUGUCGACCAACCAAAUACACUCGAUAAGAUCAAACGUCAGUCGAUCCCUCGGACAAACCCGGUCAAUCUUAUCUUUGUUCUAGCUCAGUACGCUCCUAAGGUAUCUGAGCUGCACUUUUUCCCUCCCCGCGACUUUUUCGAUCUAGUUAUGAGGUCUACGCUCAGUAGUAAAAGCCGCGCGAAGGCUUUCUUAUGGUUAAUGUGGUGGUACUUGGAGAGUGACUUCUCACAUGAGGCAGCCCUGAACAAUCCGUUCGGCCCAGGUCUAGCUGCAGAUGGAAAUGGAGGCCUGCCAAUCAAAGUACCUAGUUUUGAGAGCCUCACCGAAGAACAGGCAAACGAAGAAAAUGUGGAUACGCAGUCUGAGAUCGAAUAUGGAGAAGCCAAACGCUUGGAGCGUAAACGUAUCUUGGAAGAAGAUGAGCCAAUCCCUAGGAUAACUAAACGUUCUAAGAAAGGCCUGCUAGAGCCUGGGUACGAUGAUGACCAAAUCUCAGGCGAUAUUUCGGGCCGAGGAGAUAGCUUUGGAGGCCGUGGAUCUGCUAUGUCCACUCCAUUGCACCCCUCGUCCAAACGUUAUCCAGAUGAUGAAGAUGACUAUCAAACCCCGGGACAUCCAGGCCGUUCCCGAUAUAAGCGACCCAAGCGGGAGUCAUCUCUUACUCGUUCUGUUGGUCAGCAGCGCCUCAUCUUGAAGACAAAAAUGGAGCAUACCCCUGACGCUUCCUCCCCGGCCCCUCCAGGUUCAGGUCAUCCAAUUCUGAACAGAUUCGUCACGGAGCCUUCUUUACCCCAGCAGAGCUCCUCUCGCCGUCCCCGCCCACUUACCCAGCACCAACUGGCUGUAGAACAAAACAGGCGGCAGCGUAUUGAAUACAUCCUUGCCAAGCGGAAGAAUGAAGCUUACCGGCUCCUCCACGCCAAGCGGGAAGCCGAAAUCCCGUUUCAUCGAUAUAAUCGCUUGCUGCAGAAUGUCCCUGACGGCUACGACUCGGAAGACGAGGACAAUUCGUGGGGGAAAGGAGGCUUGGUUCCCAAUCCCGAAGAAGAGGAAGAUUAUGGUGAGUGUGCCAGUUUUUACUUGUCCGUCAUUCGCAAGGCUGCAAGACGACUUGACCGAUGGGACUAUGAUGAUGCCAAUGGCCCGAAGAGAGACCGAAAGAAGGAGAGAGAAGAGCGUCAGAAGGCGAGGCAGAGCGGAAUUGGUCUCGAUACGGACUUGGUAGGACGUGUGCCAACCUCUGCACGUAGCAGAGCUCGAGCUGCACGCAAUGCCAAGCGCAAGCUCGCUGGAGUAACCACAGAGGGCUCUGCGACGGUAACUCCUAAGGCCAAGCCCUCGUCAGCAUCCCGUUCGAAAAGCAACCGGAACCGCACAAGCCGUCCUACUGGGAGUUCACUGGCAGCUCCUGAUGGUGCAACCAAGGAUGGUCUCGAGGCGCCGUCUCAGGACCAGGAACUGUCGUCCAUGCCCGGGGACAUGGAAGGCGAAGCAGAAGAAGGCCUUGAUGACAUCGAUCGCGAGCUUCUUGGCGAGGGAAGCGGUGAUGAGGACGAAGGUGCUUCUCGCGGGCCUCAAACUUCUCGCCCUGUGGAGGCGGGCUAUGAGGAUAGUUUCAUCGGCGAAGGAGGAGACGAUGAUGCAGAAGCACUGUCUUCGGAUGAAAACGAUGAAGAAGCCGACGAUGAUGAUCUGGAGGAAGGAGAAGGGGACGUUGACGUAGACGUGGAAGGCGAUGGUGACGAUAACUCGUCCACGUUCGAGGGCGGCAAUGGAUAUGCCGCCAGUGAUGCUUCAUCCGUUGCGGGUGAUGCUAGUGAAAAACUGCAGGAAGGGCGAGCGGAUGAGAAAGAUGAAACGAUGGGUGAUCAUUGAAAAUGGGGUAGUGAGAGAGUGAAGGUACCUUAACAAGGAUCAAUUGGACUUUCUGUGGCCAGGCUAUACUUCUCCGGCCUGGGUUUUUUUUUCUUCUUAUAUUUCCUCCCUUUAAUUCUGUAUCGCUAUCUCGCCUUCGACUUGUUCUUUCCUUCCGUGCUCUUGUUUUAUAUUUCCUUUCCUUUGUGGAAUGUUUAUGUUAUUGUGGUAUUACAACACGGUUAUUAUAGCUACGUGCAGGACAUUUUCCGCCAUGUCAGAGGGGAUAAUGGAAUACGUUUAGACUAUAUCGCCUUUCCCCCCGGUGAGAAUGACUCGUAAAAGCUUCCAUAUCAGACGAUGGUCAUACUACUAGGUAUACAGCUGGAGAUACCUGAUCCUGGGUGAAUUGACGACGUGCGGAAGUAUGUGGAUUGUUGAAUACUAUGGUAAUCAGGCCACAUAUAAAAAGCCUCAUGAUUCCCACCUAGAUAG